AAAAAUAUUUACACGAGAUAUACUCAUUAACAAAUUAACUGCGGAACUCUCCAUCGGCCUCGUGUGCUAGGGGAAGGGUUUCACCGGAACACAGGCUGCUUGAAGCCGAAUGAGUGAGCUGUCAGCUGAUUUUUGACUAUUUUAAACAUUAAACGUGUGGAAAAAUAUGACAGACUCACAAGGGGAGGUGACUCCACUGGAGCUGUAUGAGAAACUUAACGUACAAGGAGAAAAAGUCAGAUCCCUGAAAACAGCUAAAGCAGAAAAGGCUGACAUUGACACUGCUGUUCAACUGCUUCUAAAGUUAAAGACAGACUACAAACAUUUGACAGGACAGGACUAUAAAGCUGGAUGUCCGCCACCAGAGAAUGUGGUCAACCAGGACAAUGGAUCAGCAACAGAUGGGAUUGAUGAAGAAGACAACGUUGAUCCGUGGAAUGUUUCCACCAGCAACGCCAAAGGAGUAGAUUAUGACAAGCUCAUAGUGAGGUUUGGCAGCAGUAAAAUUGAGAAGGAGCUGGUGGACAGAAUAGAAAAGGUCACAGGACAGAAACCGCAUCGCUUUCUACGAAGAGGAAUCUUCUUCUCACACAGAGAUAUGCACCAGGUACUGGAUGCCUAUGAGAAGAACAAGUCCUUCUAUCUUUACACCGGAAGAGGUCCAUCCUCAGAAGCCAUGCAUGUUGGUCACCUCAUCCCUUUCAUCUUUACCAAGUGGCUUCAAGAUGUGUUUGACAUUCCCUUGGUGAUCCAGCUCACUGAUGAUGAGAAGUAUCUGUGGAAGGAUCUAACAAUAGAAGAAUGCCACCGCUUUGCAGUGGAAAAUGCUAAGGACAUCAUCGCCUGUGGCUUUGAUGUCAACAAGACUUUUAUCUUCUCUGACUUUGACUACAUGGGUUCGUCUCCUGAAUUCUACAGAAAUGUGGUGAAAAUCCAGAAACAUGUGACGUAUAAUCAGGUUAAAGGGAUCUUUGGCUUUACAGACAGUGACUGCAUUGGAAAAAUCAGCUUCCCGGCCAUCCAAGCGGCACCAUCCUUUAGCAACUCCUUCCCUCAGAUUUUUGGUGGACGAAAAGACGUACAGUGUCUCAUCCCUUGUGCCAUAGAUCAGGAUCCCUACUUCCGAAUGACACGAGACGUCGCUCCCCGAAUCGGCUAUCCCAAACCAGCUCUGCUGCACUCUUCAUUCUUCCCCGCCCUGCAAGGGGCGCAGACUAAAAUGAGCGCCAGUGACGCCAACUCCUCCAUUUUCCUCACCGACACGCCCAAGCAGAUCAAGAACAAGAUCAACAAACACGCAUUUUCGGGUGGAAAAGACACCAUAGAGGAGCACCGAAAGUUCGGUGGCAACCCGGACGUAGACGUCUCAUUUAUGUAUCUGACUUUCUUCCUUGAUGAUGAUGAACAGUUGGAAAAAAUCAAGCAGGACUACUCAAGUGGAGCUCUUCUAACAGGAGAACUGAAAAAGAUUCUGAUUGAGACUCUGCAGCCGAUGAUUGCCCAGCAUCAGGAAAGACGCAAACAAGUCACGGAGGAGACCGUGAAGCAGUUCAUGACACCCCGGCCAUUGAAUUUUAAAUUGUAGCUCCACCCAAUCAGCUUUUUUUUCCAUGAAAAUGCAGAAGUCAUCUAUGGGAGGAAUCAAUCAGCAUGGCAUUUCCCAUGUUUUUGCCGUCUUUGACAUGAAAUUUGUUGUUUUUUUUGCCAGAUUCAAUAUGUCAUAAAACAAUGAAAAUUACGUUUAUUUAAAAAAUAAAAAUGUUCAAAUCUAAUUGUACUGAAAAGCACUUGUUUGAAUAACAAAAGGCAAUAGUUGAUUAGCAGUACAAGAAUAAUGUAUUAAAAUAUUCAUCAAGCUAAAAAGACUCAAAAAUAUGAAUUGGCAGUUAUUGUUUAAAAAGUCUUAAACCAAAGUGAUAAUGGCUUGUAUUUGGUAGAAUUAUUCAACUUUAUUGUCAUCUGUUUCUGUCUCUGCACAUUAAAAAUAUUCAUGAAUAACA